AUGUAAAUAGAAAAUUCAGAAGACGUAGCAGGUAAUAAACAAAUUAGACAAAUGCCAUAGUUUGAUCACUAAGAAAAUCAUACUAAUUAAAUGGUAACUGAAGACAAUUAAUUGAAAUAGAAUGAUUAAAAUAAUCAAGAAAAGUCUAACUAAGAGUAAGUAGCUGAAGAAGCUACUGCUAAGGAAGCCAAAAAAAUGACUAUUAUAGAUGCCCUUGAACGUGUUGGCAGCAAGAAUAAAUAUUAAAUCUUGUUCUUCCUCUUUUCAGGUUUUGUUUGGCUUUUUGGUGCAACAAGUAUCCUUUCUCCAACAUUCACUUUCGAAAAACCUGCAUAUAACUGCCCUGACACUGUUUCUUCAGAUAAAUGUGAAAGCUGGGUAUGUGACUAACCUAAUCCAAGUGAUUACUUCUCCACUCAUCCAGAAUCUUUUGUUAUGGCUUUCGAUCCACCUUUGAUUUGUGGAAGAUAAUAUAUUGCUGAUAUGUCUGUUGCUUUUUGCUAUGCUGGUAGCGCUAUCGGUUUUAUUGUAUCACUUUACAUUGCUGAUAAUAAAGGCCGUAAAAUCGGUACAAUUAUUUUCUGGAUAUUAGCAGCAGUAGGUGCUUAUAUCUCCACUAUUUUUGGUUUUAACAUUGGUGCUUCUGUUUUCGGAUUUGCCCUUUCUUAAUUUGGUGCUAACUCUGCUAUCAAUAUUGUAUUUUGUAUUAUGAAUGACCAUUCUUUAGGUAAAUUUAGAGAAUACACUAUGGCAGCUUUGAAUCCUUUUUACGGUGUUGGCGGUUGUGUGUUAGUCCUUAUGGCAGUAAUAACCCCAAAGUUUCGCUUAAUUAUGUUGUGCAUUGCUGUUCCAAUUACUAUUUCUUGCAUUUAUCUCUUCUUCUUUUAUGAUCCUCCUCUUUUCUUAUAUGAAAAAAAUAAGCAAUAAGCUAUUGAUGUUUUGAACAAAAUUGCUAAAAUUAACAAUCGUCCUACAGUUUAAUAUGAUGAAGUUGAAGAUAAGGAAGUGUAAAUAAAAAGCUCUAGAAUUUAUGGACUCAAGGAUCUUUUCAAAUAUCGCUCUUUGCGUUAUAAUGCUAUCUGCUCAGGUCUUAUUUUAUUCUUCGUUUAAAUCUCUUACUAUGGUUCCAACCUAAUUCUUUCUUAAAUUGGUUUGGAUACUAAAUUAAAUGCCUUAACAACAUCUAUCGCUGAUACUUGUGGAUAUUUAGCUAUUGUUCCAAUUAUUACCCAUAUUAGAAGAAAAAGAUGGAGCUUCUGUCCAGGUAUAAUUUAUAGUGUAAUCUUUAUUUGUUUCAACUAAAUUACUGUACCUGAUGACUGUGGUGAUAACUGCUCUGAAAAGAAACUUCAAACUGCUCUUGUAACAAUUGCCCGUUUCUUCUUAACAUUUGAAUGGGGACUCGCUUUUAUCUACAUUACUGAAAUAUUCCCAACCACUGUGAGAACAAUUGGAUUAGGAUUUGCUUCAUUUGUAGGAUAUUUAGGCAGUGUUUUCUCUAGUUAUUUCCUAACCUAUUUAAUAAAUUAAGGAAUCAACCCAUUACUAGGUAUGGGUGUUGUAAGUAUUAUCAGUUUGGUCUUUUACUUCCCUAUGACAGAAACCUAUGGAGUUCCUUAAUAAGCUGAAAUCAAAGAAUUAGUCGAAGAAGAGAGAAUAAAUCAAGAAAAGCAAAAAGAGGAAGAAGGAAAAACAUUCACCAAAAAUUUGGAAAACAUUAAAAAAGACUCCUCUGAUGAAUAGAAGGAAUUAUAAAAUAUUUCUCAAAUUAACAAUAAGUUAUCUUCAGCACAGAUUCCAACAGUUGCUGCUUUAAAUUGA